UAUAGCGGAAGGAUCACCGUAGUGAUUAAAGGUUAAACAUAAUACUUCCUGUUAUGAAUGUCAGUGGAAAUUCCCACUGGACAAUAAAAAAAAAUGAAAAAACUCAAACAACUGCAUAGCUUAAUGAAACGUUAUCAUUCGCCUCUUAUUGAAAGUGUAGCCUCGUGCCUGUUUGAGCUGAGAAGAGCAAUUUCAUAAGUUUACACUUAUAAUGGCGGAGUCUGCUAUGCCUAUGCAAUGUGUGCGUGUCGUAACAUCAGCUACUUGUGGGCGAGGUUUGGUCUUCACUUCAAAUUUUGCGAGGGGACGAUGUAUCCUUGAAGAAUUGCCAUAUGUAUAUACACUGUUCGACAACAAAAGGGGACACUACUGUGAUUUUUGCCUCCAAAAAUGUUCAACUCUAAAGAAGUGUUCCAGUUGCAAUUAUGUAAGCUACUGCAAUAAAUCAUGUCAGCGAGGAGACUGGGCAAGAUGUCACAAGCAAGACUGCAAAACACUGAAGAGAAGACAUCCCAUGAUACCUCCAGACUUAGCUGAGUCAGUUCAGCUUCUAUCUCAUAUUAUCCAGAAGCAAAGACGAUCCCCUCCAUGCACUCAGGAUGAUGAGGAUUGUUUUCCAACCACCGUAGACCAGUUGGAAUCCCAUCAUGAGAAGCUGAGCGGUCAGAUACGAAGGGAUGCAUUUGAGAUAUGGCUGUCUUUGUUGAAGGAUUGCGAAGAUGGUAUCUUACCUGAGCUAAGCAGCUGGUUGAAGAUGUUUGGGGCGACUAUCUGCAAUUCCAUCUCAGUAUGUGAUAAUGAUCUGAUUGACAUUGCAGUUGGGAUAUACUUGAGAGCAUCUAUGUUGAACCAUUCCUGUGAUCCUAACUGUGCAUGGGUGUGUGAUGGGAGAAAACUUCAAAUCAUGACUGUUAAAGAUGUCAAAGAAGGAGAUGAGUGUACAAUCAGCUAUGUAGAUGCCAUGAAACCAGCUAAAGUGAGACAGGCUGAUCUGAAAGAGAGCUAUCAUUUCACCUGCAAGUGUGUGAAAUGCAUCGAAGAAAUCAAUGCAUUGGGGCCAGAUGAUGGUUUAGGUGAAGAGCUCAGAGGUCUGAAGAAAUCCUUGGAGCGAAUAAAGGAUGCAGAGAAGGCACAAGAUAUCCUUUUGUUGCAGCUGUGUGCACCCUACUUGAAGCCGAUGGACUACUCUAGCAAUAUUCCAGCCAAUCAUCAUCUCCUGUACCAGGUCAGAAAUGCGGCAUUUCUAGCAUGCAUCGACUCACAAGCAUGGCAGAAAGCUGUUGAGACUGGACAGCUGAACAUAGAGCCUAACAGGUAA